AGACGGCAGUUGGUUGACGAGGUCGUACGGCAAAAAUUUUGAUUCACUUUCAGGUGUUGUAGCCAUUAUUGGUUAUUACACAAAAAAAGUCCUGUACGUUGGCAUUCGCAACAAAUUUUGCACAGCAUGUCAAUUGGCACAACAGAAAGAAAUCGCAAAUAUCCAUAAGUGUUACAAAAAUUUUGAUCGAAAUAUGAGUUCUACACUCAUGGAAAGUGAUGCUGUUGUAGAAGGAUUUAAAUGCAGCAUUCAAAUGCAUGAUCUAGUUUAUAGAAUACUUAUUGCUGAUGGCGAUAGUAAUGUGUACCAAGCCAUCCUAAAUAGUAAUCCAUAUAAGGAACUAAUGGUCGUAGUGCGAAAAGUAGAAUGCAACAACCAUUUAUUACGAAAUUUUUGCAGACAUUUUGAUAUCCUCGUAAAAACAACUGAUCCAAAGUUGCGUAGAAAUCGUGAGUUUGUAAAAUUACGAAAUAUGAUUAAAAGCAUGAUAAUGAAAAUUCGAAAAGAAAUAGUACAAUUAUGUGAAAAUAGAAGAAAAGAUAAGCAGCCUCAGCAUGUUUUGGCCAAAGAAUUACGAGAAGACAUAUUAAACGUUCCAAGUCAUAUGUUUGGUGAACACAAACGAUGUAAGGAACGUGGUCAUUCUUGUGAAAACGAUGGAGAAACCAAUUAUGUUCCGUAUCUUAAGUUGUACGGUCUGUAUCCCAAAAUACAAAAUAUAAUCGCACGUUUAAGCGCUCAUGCUGACAGUUUGUUGCUAAAUGUGACAAAUAAUUAUGCAGAAUUGUUUCACUCUAUAGUUUGCGUAGAAGUUGGUGGAAAGCGUAUUUUUUAUGGUGCGAGAGGUUCGUACAAUACCAGAAUUGCGGCAGCUGUUGUUCAAUAUAACACACAACAAGCUCUUACCGAAUUACACAAAACAGUAAGUAACAGUGUGCCUUCUCUUAUAGAGAAUUUGGACAUGCGACGAAAAAGAAAAACAGACCAAACUAAAGAAUCUCGCAAAGUAGAAGGAAGGUCAAAAAAAUGGAAAAGAAGCGUAGGAACGGAUGGUUAUUACGGACCUCAGUCGCAAAAACCAGACUUGUCUUCUGACAUAGUGGAACGAUUAAAACAAGAGCAUUUAGAAAAAUUGCUCGAAAACGGGAAAAAUUGGAAAGAAAUUGAGCGCAAAACCAUAAAGCAAAGUGAUUGUGAAGUAUGGUUAUCAAUGCGAAAAGAAAUGUUGACAGCAUCACAUUUUGGAGUGGUAUGUCGUAUGAGACCAACAACGUCUUGUGCAACGACCGUAAAAAAUAUCUUGUUUCCUCCAUCGAUCGAUACUGGAGCCAUGAAAUAUGGUCGCGAUAUGGAAGAAAUAGCGAAACAAGAUUUAUCAAUAAAAUUAAAGAAAGAAAUAAAACCAUGUGGAUUAUUUAUUGAUUCUGAAAAUCCAUGCUUGGGUGCUUCUCCUGAUGGACUUCUCGAUGAAAAUGGUCUAGUGGAGAUUAAAUGCCCUUUUUUAGCUGAAAAUUUAACAGCGGAGGAAGCAAUUCAUAAAUUGCCUCAAUUAAAAGGUAUUUUUGAUAAAAAAAAUGUAAAUAUAAUGAACCGAAAUCAUCGGUUUUAUUAUCAAAUCCAAGGUCAACUGAACAUAACAAAGCGAGAAUUUUGCAUUUUCGCUUUAUGGACGCCGAAAAGCAUAAUAAUAUUGCGUGUUAACAGAGACAACGAUUUUUGGCAAAAAAAAAUGUUGCCUUUUUUAACACGUUUUUAUUAUGACUGUAUGCUUCCUGAAAUUUUGGACAGUCGAUAUAAUAGACAUAUGCCCAUCAGAGAACCAAAAUAUAUAUUAGAAGCAAAAGAAAAGUUGUCCAAAAAUCUAAAUAAUAAUAACACUAAGCGGCAACAUACAACGAUAAUAUCAGCUAAUAAAGAAGAAAAAAACAUUACGCACAAUAUAGAAAUAAAAAAUAAUAUUUCAAUAAAAAGCAGUACUUCUGUUCCUAGUGUUGCGACAGAAGAAAACGACUGUAUUAUAAUCAAUGAAAUAACUGAUUAUAUUCCGACAGAUAAUGAAAUGGCAAGUCGUAGAAGAGUCUUAGAUGGUCGUGAGAUAUCUCUUUCUUCGGUGAAAAACAAUGUCUUGCCUAAAAAUAAUCUAUUGAAUGAUGAUUCAUUAGAUCUAUUCUUACGCGUUGUGACAGAAACGUCUUGUUUCGAAACACAAAGCGUACAUUAUAUAGAAUUUCCACAAUUAAUUACAGCCACUUUUAGAAAAAGUGUACAAAUAAUAGGAGGCAAUUGUACUAAUCACUGGCGUUGUAUAUUUUUUGACAGAAUCAAACUGUACGUCUAUGACAGCAUACCGGGCUGUACAUACGAUAAAAUGGCGUCAAAAGAAAAAGAAUACAUAAGCGCUCGUUUUCCACAAGUACUGCCAACCGACAUAAGCUUUGAAAAAGUUCAAAUGCAACCGGAUGGAACAUCUUGUGGAAUAUAUGCUGCUGCUUUUGCAACGGAUAUAGUUUUAAAUAAAAAUCCUUGCAAAGAAACGUAUUCGAAUGACGUUGAAUGUAUGAGACGACAUUUUGUCAGUAUUGUAGAAAACUGUAAACUCUUGCCUUUUCCAAGACAAUAACAAUUCUUUGAAUAAGAGAUAUUAUUUCAAAGAAUAUUGUAAUUAUACCGUUUUGUAGAAAUUUUAUUGGUCAUAGAAAACACGUAUGACCGAACUGUCGAGAAAAAGUGCGUAAGAUAAACAUAUAAUUUAUACGUGUUAUUAUUGCUACGGCAACAAAUGUUCAAAUAAGAAAUAAUUACGUUUACCUAUCUUGUAGACAAACGUAAAUUAUAACGGAGGAACGAUAAAAAAUAUUGUGGUUGCGUUUCACGGGAAUAGGCGGUGGAGGGGCCUAUUCUAUAUUGUAAAAAAGUGCAUGUAUGUACACGUGUGUGUGUGUGUGUGUGCGCGCGCGCGCGUGUGUGCAGGUAUCGGCAAUAAGUGUCCAUUGCCAAACUUCACUUUCUUUUCUUGGAGGAUGUAAGGGUGAAGUCCCGAAGCGGAUUACGUGGAAGCGGAAAGAGUGGAUUACCAAUCACGCAGAUUAUUCUGAUAGAACUCUUUCAAAGAUUCCGUCGAAACGGUCUUGUGAUUGGUGAUCCACUCUUCGUUCCGCUUCCGCAUAAUCCGCUCCAUAGGACUCCACUUUUAUAUUCCAAUUAUGCCGAGAGCUGUGUAAUGAAGUUUGGUAAGGCCGGAUCUACAAUAGGUGUAGUAAGCCUUAUGCCAUAAGAAAUUGACCAAUUAUAAUCGAAUAUGAGAAGAAUAAUCGAAUAUAAUUGGUUAAUUCCUUAUGGCAUAAGGCUUACUACACUAUUGUAAAUCCGGGCUAAGGCCGGUAUUUAUAGUCGGAUCUUAUAUUUAAGAUCAUCUAGUACUGUCUUAAGAUGCCAUCAGCCAAUCACAGAGCCGUAUUAGCAUCUUAAGACAUUGCUUGAGAGGAUCUUUAAAUAAGAUUUGACUAUGAAUACCGGCCUAAGAGACACCGGCAUUUUUGCCGGACAGUGUCCACUGAGAAAAAA